AUGGCACUAAUUUCUGCAACCAUCUUCACCGGAGUCCUCUUCUCCGCCGCCGCAGAGAUUCGUGACACACGGUGGUUCUGGCGUCGCUCCAAAACCACCCCAUUCCAGUGGCUCCUUUGCUUCCCUCUCGGGACACGCCCAUCUGGGCGUGUCUUCUUCUGGUCAUACAUGUUCUACCUCUCUCGCUUCCUCCACACCCUCCGGACCUACUUCACCAUUCUCCGGCGUCGGAAAAUCACAUUUUUCCGGCUAUUCAACCAUUCUAUCCUUAUCUUCAUGUCGUUUCUCUGGCUUGAAUUCUCUCAAUCUUUUCAAGUCCUCGGAAUCCUUCUGACCACCUCCGUGUACUCGGUGGUUUAUGGGUACAGAUUUUGGACGGCGAUUGGGCUACCAAGUGCAUGCUUUCCCUUUGUGAUCAAUUGCCAGAUUGUUCUUCUGUGUUGCAAUCUUCUCUGUCAUGUUGGUGUUCUUUUGCUGCAUUUCAUCAAAGGUGGGUGCAAUGGAAUUGGGGCUUGGGUGUUCAACUCCGUGCUCAACGCUGCAAUUCUCUUUCUUAUCUUGAACUUCUAUGUGAAGAUGCAUUUCAGGAAGAAAAAUGUCGGUGGUGAUCAUUGCAAGGCCAUGAAGGAGACAGAAAUGACAAGGCUUUGGGAUAAUAGGAUUGCUUCAUUGGUCGCACUCUUUGCGUUGGACAUGGUUGGAGAUCCAAUGAAGACCCAUAUGGUAUAG